CAAAUGUUGUUUUCAAAAUGGCUGCUUAGCUCUUUUAAGGGAGUACUUGUCCUCAUCACAAUAACAGAAGCCCUCCAGCUUGCUGAAAGGUUUUGCUGUAAACUAUAAUUUACCGUUUGUAAUUUCUGUUAGUUGAUUCUCCACAGGUUUACACAGCUAUCUAAGAUAGAUCCGGAGUUAAUGCAUCUGUACCACCCUGUCCCUGAGGGUUUCCACUGUAUCCUGUCGAGAUCAAAUGCUAAUAGCAGUUAUUGAAGUUAGACAGGCUUAUACUGUACCGUUUAACAGUGGCAAUACUGAAGAAGCAGUCUUUCAUUUUACAUCUGGAUACCUUGGUCAAAAAUACACAGAGAAAACCAUAAAAGCAGAUCUUGAUUUAUGCAAAUAUGUAUAUAUUUUCUGCAUCCACUAGUAUUGAUUUCAGGACUAGUAACAUUUAAACCACAUGUUUUUUGUGUUGAGUUUCAGAAGGCUUGUAAGAGGUAACUUGAAUUUUGGUGUCUGCUAUCCAGUUUAUAAUGGAUUGCCCAAAGGAGGAAUCAUCAGGAAUGUUUUGCAGUCGGCAGAAUACUGCAGAGAUGGAGAUUGAAACUGUAUGUAUAAAGGAAGAAGCUGAUUGUAUUGAGGAGAUCAACUCACCUCCGAUGUCUCUUCAGUGCCAUGAAUGCAUGAUCAUUUUUACAGACUCCAAGCUGAGGGAACGACACAUGAGAAAGAAGCAUCCAGAGGAGUACCAAGAGUACAUUUUGGCAGUGUCUCACCUCAUCUGCCAUGUGUGUGAGCUUUCUUUUGGCUCGUCACGGGAUUUAAUUGACCACCAACGCCGUGAGCACCCAGAGGGCAGACCAUUCCAAUGCCCUGUUUGUGGAGAUAGCUUUGUUCAGUCCCAUGCGCUUAUCAACCACAAGCGUAGGCAUCUAAGUCAAUCAAGCUAUGUUUGCCAGAACUGUGGGAAGACCUGCAAAACCCUAAAACAGCUGAUGAACCAUCGGCGCAAACACAAUGAUCUCAACAAUGUUUCUUCACAGUGCAAGAGGGAGAAGAAAUCUGACAGUCCUUGUCAUGAACGUGGACACAGCUUGUCUCUACAAUGUCUGAAAUGUUUCAUCACAUUUAAAGAUACUGGGACAAGUGAGAAACACAUGCGUUUCAAGCACCCAGAAGAGUAUGAACGACAGAUGAAAGGUCAGACUGUGUUUGCCUGCCAUCGCUGUGAUAAAACCUUUCCCUCCUCUCGCCAGCUUAGUGCGCACCAACGCACUCACAGGAAGGUCAGCCAGCAAUCUGCUGCCCAAGAAACCAACAGUUCAGAGCCAGACUCUCCCCAGGAAAGUGGGAAGGAACAGGAGACAGAAGACAUAAAGGAAUCAAAGCAUGAUGCAAAAAGAGAGGCAGAAAUCUUUCCUUCAGAUAACCUUCACAGCAUCUCGUAUGAGUGCCCACAUUGCAACUUCCUGUUCAGCAAUCUAAAAACCAAGAAGAGGCACAUGAACGCCAAACAUCCUCCAGGCUGUGGUGAUCCUUUACCUCUGUUGUACGGUGAAGAACUUGAGAGUGCAGUUAUCUUGGACCCUGACAACGCCACAGUGAUGGUGGUUAAAAAAGAAUCUCCUGUUCUCUAUCAUUCUAAAUCUUCCACAGAAGGUCAACAAUAUGUAGAGUGUCCACAGUGCUUCAUGACCUUUGAGGACCAAGACAUUAUGGAAAGUCACAUGCUCUUGAAACAUCCUGAGUGGCAGAUGAAAGACCAAACGUUUGAGCCCCCUUGCCAAAUUGGAAUUCACCACCAAACCCACAGGAUGGGCAGCCUAUCACCAGCUGGGAAGAAAGUGGAUUCUUCAGUCCAAGAGGUUGUGGACCAAAAUGCAGCAGGGUGUGAAAUUCACAAAUUGCAGUCCAAGUGGAAUAAUAAGGAGAGAGAAGCUUACAAAACCAGCCUUUCUCACAAGUGCUUGCAUUGUAAAUUUAUGUUUCGUGAUUUAAAGACAUUGGAGAAGCAUGUGCAAUUCAAACACAAUUUAAACAGUGCUGCAAAACUGACUUUGACAUCCGGCUCUGGACAAUUUGGCUCUUUGAAGGAUCAAAAACAGGACAUUACUUCAUGCACUAUUGAAGAGAGGUGUGUGGGUCAGAGCAAGCAAGAAAAUGAGGAGGAAUCAUCUGCAAAAAUGGAAGUCGUAACAGUGAAGAUCAAGGAUGAGCUCACUGAAAUUGAGAUCAAACAUUCCAGUGAGGACCACCAAGAUAAAGAUGUUGUAUACACAAAUGUUUCUUCUUACAAAUGUCUGCACUGCAACUUCAUUUUCAACAAUCCGAAAACUAUGCAGAGGCAUAUGAAUGCUAAACACUGGCCUUCAGUGGAUGCCCAAACUGACACUAUAACACCUAAUUUGGCACAGCGGGCAUUUCCUGGCAGAGAGGAGGCUGUAUCAUUUCCAGUCAAGGUGGAAUUGCCCAGACUGGACUUGAUUAAUCAGGGUCUGAAGGAGCAUAUUAAUGAUUCAUUACAGUGCUCUGCUUGUGGCGUUGGAUUCAGAGACCUCGAUUCAAAGGAGGGACAUGGUCACACACAUACAUCUAAUAGUUCUGCUCUGGAUGAACGUAUCUUCAGCUGUCAUGUUUGUGACCAGUCCUUUAGCUCUCCUCAAGAACUUCUAGACCACCAGCAAAGUCAAAUUGACAGCCAUCCAUUUAAAUGUUUGGUCUGUGGGGACAGUUUUAAAUGUCCUGCUGCUCUGUCCAGUCAUAAACGGGACCAUCUCAACCAAUCUAGAUAUAUCUGCAGUGAUUGUGGCAUGGUGUGUCUACGUUUGGAGGACUUGCUGAUUCAUCGGCGUCUGCAUACUGAAGAGCGACCUUACACAUGUGAGGACUGUGGGAAGACCUUCAAGAGGGCGUCUGGUAUGCAGCGACACAAGAGUGUUCACAGUGCACAGAAGCAAGAUUUUAACACAGAUAUUUAUAGGGAAAGGUCUCUUGAGUGUCCUAAGUGCUUGAUCUUGUUCGUAGACCACAAAAAGUUAGAAAGUCAUCAGUGUUCUAAGUAUUCUGAAGAGUAUGAGUUGAAAGUGAAAGGAAAGAGCGUGUUAGCUUGUGAACACUGUGGACAGAUCUUUGACUCCUCUUUUCGUCUUGACAUACAUCUUUGUAAUCAAGUGAUGGGACAGAAGAUACAGUCUUCACCAGUAAAAGGGGUGAAUGAGAAACAUGGAAACCAUAAGGAUCUGGAGUCACAAAGUACAAAUAAACAACCAAAAACUUAUGAUGAAAACAAGAAUAUUUAUAUGCACAGAUGCCUACACUGCAACUUUGAUUUCAACAACCUGAAAACCAUGCAAAGGCACAUGAAUGCCAAACACUGGCAUCCAGAAAAUUCUGCAGGAACCUUUGACGUUAUAAAGUCUAAAGUAAUGGACCACACAUAUUAUGACAGUGAGGAGGUUUUGACUAUUCCUAUUAAGGAGGAGUUGCCAAAACUGGACAGAAUAAAUGGCAGUCUGGUGCAGAAUGUUGAUGAUGAGUGUGACCAGUUUUUUGUUUAUCCUCAUUUGCACCCAAAACACCAGAAACGUGAAACUGGAAGAUGUCAAUUUAAAUGUUUAGUGUCUGGGGAUAAAUGUAAAUGCCUAGAAGCAAUAGAUAGUCACAAGCAAGACCACCUUGACCCGCUUCAAUAUGUCUGCAGCGACUGUGGUCAGAAGUCUCUUGAAUGCCCUAAGUGCUUCACCAUGUUUAGAAACAAAGAAACGUUGGAAAGUCAUCUACUUUUUAAACAUCUGGAAGAAUACAAAUGGCAUAUGAAAGGACAGAUUGUGUUCACCUGUCCCCACUGUAAACAGAUCUUCUACUCUUCUCAUCAGCUUAGCAUACAUCAGUGGGCUUGCAUAAUGUGCAAGAAGUCUGCGCUUAAACAGGAUAUUGGGGGAGAUCUAGGACUUGAAGAGAAUCAGGAUUUAGACACAAAAGAAGCAAAAAUACGCCAAAAAACUUGUACAGAAAAUGAUUCUUCACACAAAUGUCCGCAAUGCAAUUUAAUUUUCAGCAGCUGUGAAACCAAACAGGAGCAUGUGAUGGCCAACAACUGGCCUCCAGAGAACUCUCGAACAUCCUCUGACAUGAUAAACCUUAAGAAAGCAGAACAUAUAUUUCCUGUUAGAGGUAAUAUUCUUAUGGUUUCUAUCAAGGAGGACGUGACCAAACUGGAUGCAUAUAGUGAGGGUCUAGAGGAGCACAUUUCUGCUUCUUUACAGCGCUGUACACGUGGCAUUGAAUUCAGAGAUCCAGAUGCAAAAGAUGAACAUUAUCAAAUGUGUCUCUGUAAUGGGUCUUCCAGGAAUGAGUGCAUCAAAUACAAAAUUUUUCCUCAAGAAAUUAUGGAUGAUCAGCAAAGUCAAACUGAUGGCCAUUAUUUUCAGUGCCUAGUCUGUGGUGAUAGAUUUAAAUGUCCUGUAGCACUAACAAGUCACAAGCAAGAGCACCUUAACCAGUCUCGAUAUGUCUGCAGUGACUGUGGCAAAUUGUGUCUGAAUUUGGAAGGCUUGCUAUUCCAUCAGCGUCUACAUACCGAGGAGCGACCUUACAUUUGUGAAGACUGUGGCAAGACCUUCAAGAGGGCUUGUGGCAUGCAGCAACACAAGAGUAUUCACAGUGGUGUGCAGAAGAAAGACUCUCCGGCAUCCAGAAACAUCCACAGCCAGAGGUCACUUGAAUGUCCAAAGUGCUCCAUCAAGUUCAGAAAUGAGGAUAAGUUGGAAAGUCAUCUGCUUUUUAAGCAUCCUGAAGAAUAUGAGCAACAGAUUAAAGGGCAAACUGUAUUUACUUGUCCCCGCUGCAACCAGACUUUUGACUUCUCUCAUCAGCUGAGUAUACAUCAGUGUACACAUAUGACUGGGAAGAAGUUAGAGUCUUCACAAGGAAGUAGGGAGAAUAUGAAGUGUGAAAAAAAUCAACAUUUCAAUUCAGUAGGAGUAAAGGAAAAGCAAAAAACAAGUUUGGACAAGAAUGCAUCUUACAAAUGCCCACACUGCAACUUUGUUUUUAACAAUAUGAAAACUAUGCAGAGACAUAUGAAUGCAAAACAUUGGACUCCAGAAAACUUCCAAACACCUUCUGCCAUAAUGAAGUAUAAGGUGGCAGAGCAGAUACUUUCUGGAAAAGAGGAAUAUUCAUAAUUUCCAAUCAAGGAGGAAAUGCCCAAAGGAGAUGCAAGUAAGGACACAGAGAUGCAUAUUGGUGGGGAGAGAGUGCUGUUGUGAGAAGAUGUGACUUUUUCCAUCAAGAUUGCUGUUUUGCUUAAAGCUAAAAACUCCUUGUUUUCAGUUGUUUAGAUUAAGCCGUUUAAAAUUCUUUUAGUAUGGGCUCAGAUUUUAUUACAUUUUAUGUGUAGCAACAUUAAACAGUAAUUCUUAUUUGCAAGUUUAAAGAAGGUUUUUCCAUAUACACCAUUUCCCAGUGGCCAGUUGACCGAGGUCUCCAGGAUUAUGACCAUGUCUGACAUUGUCUGUUAUAACUGACCCAUGGACCCCCCAGAGUUUUAUUUUCCCCUGGGAUGUUGUUUAGUGGAGUUUUUGUUAUUGUUACACUUCAUUCAUUUUGAUCAGGUUGGAAUUGUGUUAACAUGUGUUUAAAUUAUUCUACAUUUUUUCUAUGUAUGCAGUACGUAAUUAGGAAUUUGUAAACUUUGUAAUUGCAUUUCACCUGUGAAAUUGUUAUAACACUCUUGAGUAUGCACUCAGUGAAGACUGCUAUAUAAAUAUAAACUAAACUGAAUUGACUUAGGAUUUUAUUUGGGUACAUAACAGAAGCUAACAUAUUGUAUAUUAACAAAAUAGUUUCUUAGACAAAAUAGUAAUAACAGUAAUUAAAUAUUGCACUAAAAUCAUUAAAGCAGUUCAUUUCAAUAUGCCUAUAUUCAUUUUGCACAUUUUUGCACUUAAUAUGGCCAGAUGUUUAUCUGGGGUCUAGUGAUAAAUACGUGUAUUUUGAGUAUGAAAAGAUAUCAAAGAUCUAAAGAGAGAUUUAUGCAGAUAUGCCGAUUUCAAAGCAUUAUGGCAUCCCAUUCCCCCAAACUUUUAACAUUCCAGUUAAAUGUCUGUCAAGGGCUUGCUGUGUGAAUAGUUAAGCGAAGAAUCUGUGCCAAUUUGUUUUAGCCCUGUUCUUUAUAUACCUUAAAGACAAGGCUUUAAAAUAAUCUUGGAAACCCUACAGCAUAUCAUCCACAUUUCAAGGAUACUCUUGAAGAAGUCAUUGUUGGUUAUCAGUCUGGAACUGGUUCAGCACUCAUUUCUAAAACUAUGUUAACUCUCCAAGAACAAAUCCAGGCAUCUAAAGGUUUCUUUUGACUUUUAAUUAAGCAAGCAUUGAUAGAUAGAUAGAUAGAUAGAUAGAUACUUUAUUAAUCCCAAUGGGAAAUUCACAUUGAUACGUUUAUUUAAAAUUACGUCAUGAGAGUAUGGCAAGGAAGAAAUCAUUUCUUACAGAUAAUGAUUAGAACUUAAUAUCAGCUUUUAAGCAUUAUGAUGACAGUGUCAUGGUUGGAGAAUGCUGGCUGACUAAACAUCAUUACAUCUUUCACUAAAGGAUAUGUGCACCCCAAGUAUAAACAAAUCUAUACAUGAAUAAGAUAAACAUGACUGUAUUGUCUUUGUAAUGCUGAGCCAAACUCCACACCCAAACUGCACCGAAAUCUUAUGACAGGAUCUGAAAUUAUGAAUUUAUUCUAGAAUACCCUCACAAUUUUACUGAGUGGGAGAUAUUUGUGAUGAAGGCAUGGGCUAGCAUUCCUUUGCAGUAAUCUGAGCCACAAUUGCAGAAAAUGUGGUGUUGUAGUUACUGCUAUAAUGGAGAUUCAAAGAGGAAGAUGUUUUUAUUUUCAUUCAGGCAAACUGGAAGUUAAACAGUUUUUUUUUUUUUUGUUAAUAAAAUGUCAAGAUCUGACAAUUUUUGUAAAUUGAAAUCAUUUUUUGUGUUUCAAAAAGAAGCCUAUUAGUAGAUUCACCAAAACAUAGCAAAUUUUACUUUUCAUAAAUUUCUCUUUAGGUUACAUGUUUAUGACCUCAACACACCAAUUCAACUGCAAAGUCAACCUGAUGGCCAAGUGUUUAAUCUAUGAAGAUAAACUAAAAUUCUUAGGAUACUGACCUGUCAAAAUCAGGAGCACUUAGGCCAGAAUCGGUAUAUCUGCAGUAACUUGAGGCACUUUCAGUCUUAACGUGUAGACUUGGCUUAUCUGUUGGUAUCCGCACUCUGAAUAGCAGCUCUUCACCUCUUAUCAGGGCAGUUUAUGCAGUAAAUGGAGAUUAUUCACAGUGAUUUGCACAACUAAGAUUUUUUUCCCCACAGUUAGAAAUAUUUAAGAUCAAGUGAUUUAUCAAAACCUUUUAAUGUAGGUAGCAAAAUGUAUCAAAGGUUAUUCUAUUGUUUUUAUACUAUUACUGGUAAUUGAUAUUUUCUGCUAAUUUGCUAUUAAUUCACUCAUUAUAUCUGUAUGAUGCAUAAUGUACUGUAUUGUAUUUAUUCAUAAUUGUACAUGCAAGUGUACUGUGGAAUAUGGACCUUUAGCCUAGGUCUUUUAAAUUUAAUUUGCAAACCUGUAUUUUUAUGUUUGAGUCCCAAAUGGCUAUGUGCAGAUAACAAUAUAAAAAAUACACUUUCUUGAUGGACAGAAUGAUCUACUCUUAUUC